UGGCGCACUUGCCGAAAGUCCAUUCUACUUGAGAAAUGGCAUGUGGUGGGCUGCUGUGGUGCCGUAGCUAGCGUGCUGCGCUCAUUCCACAAAGCAAAGCAAAGCGAAGGAAAACAAAGGGAAGAGAAGACUGAAGAAGAAGAGAGGGAGAGUAAAGCUGAUAGCCUGAUACUGACCAGGAAUUGGAUUAGGCUAGCUAACAGCGCAAGAAAAGCCUCCGAUUCCUUUCGUCGUCGCCGGAUUGCCGAAAGGAUGGACAGCUCAAGGUUGCAGGUCCCAACGCCUGUUCACAUGGUCAAGAACAUGUUCUGAGUAAUCUGUUGGCUCUUCUUGUAUGUGACUUGCUGAGUGAGAGAGAGGAGAGGAGGGGAGAAAGAGAGGGCCGGUUGCUGGAGCUUCUCUUCAUGAUCUCUGCAUUCCCAGUGUUUCUGAAAUCCGGCUAGCGGUGAACUCCCUGAUGAACUGAACAAUCAAUAGAAGAUACAAGAAAAGUUAUUUCCACUACAGAAAGAACGCUGAUUAUCUGAAAUGGGAAGGCGAAGCCACAAGCGGUCCACUGAACAAGAGGAAAACAAUGUAGGCUGCGUGUGGGGCCUCAUGCGCAUGCUUUAUUUCCGGCGUGAUGCAAAAUUCUUAUUGGAUACAAAGCAAGUGAGCAGGAGGCAUACGUUCCGGGAGCUGGCAGACGGAAGGCAUUCAGUUAAGAAUUCCAGUGAUUUUGUGGAAACAGAUGAUGAUGAUGAUAACAAAGAAGAAUGCGCUUCACAGAAACGAACAGUCAAAAAACUUAUGGAGGACGAAUUGGGGAAAGUAAAUCUUUUGAAAAAAAUUCCAAGCAAUGAGAUUCAAAGAGGAUUACCUGACUUGGGAUAUGAUGUCUCCCUAGAUGGAGGCUCAGAGCAUACAAAUAAACCAGUGGCAGCCUUAAAUCAGCACACGGACAUCUUCGCGUCUUAUUUAUCGGGAUCAGUGUAUUCUCAGGGUUCCAAGAGCUUGAAUCAUUCUGAAGAAUAUGAUCUUGAAUCUGUCUUGGCAAAUUUUUUAGGUGAAAUUUAUAGGUGCCAUGGUGAAUGCCCGCAUGGUGAUUGCAAGAAUAAGGGUGAAUUGUGUCCUUCACUGAAGUCCUUAAUCCAUAACAAGCUCAAUGAUUUAAAUAAUCCCCAUGCCACUCAUGGUAAUGAGCAAUCUCCAGAGAGCAAGGGAGAAGGGCUACUGGGUGAGAAUAGUCGUUCUAACAGCAGGGCAGCUCAAUUCAAAGAAUUCAAGGAUGCGGUAGAAAUACUGAGUUCAAACAAUGAACUUUUCCUGAAGCUGCUUCAGAAGCCAAAUUCACAUAUAUUAGACAAUAUCCGAAAAUACCAAAAUAGCAGGUUAACAACCAAGUUAGAACCUGACAAAAGUCUUGGACGGUCUAGUAUUCUUGAAGAGAAAAGGGGCUCAAAUCAUGAGUUGGCUACAAAAGCACAGGGUAAAGAGACCAAGCAUGUGUUCUUCUGGAGAAAGGAUAGGUCAGAUAGAAAGCAAAAGCCAGAAAGAGCCAAUAGACCCCAGCCUGUUAGCAAAAUAGUUAUACUAAAGCCAAAUCAAGGAAGACGGAUUGAUGAGACAGAGACUACAAGUUCAAGAUAUUUACAUCAGCAACCAUGUACAUCGCAAGCUCCAGAAUUCAGUGGAAGGGAAAGCUCAAAAUUUUCAAUCAAGGAAGUCAGGAGGAGAUUCAAAAUUGUGACUGGUGACAGCAAAAGAGAGAAAAAUGCAAUACCUGCAGAGAACCUUCCAGGAGAUUCACAUCAGCUCAAAGAUUCUGUCGUUGAAGAUAAGGAUCCUAGACAUCUCACUGAAGGGAGCUUGCCAGACAAAGCUGCAUCAAAUUUUAAGAAUGGAAUCAAACCUUCAGCCAGCAGUAAGCAAAAGCAACAAAAUGACAGCCAGAGUGAAAUCAGUGAUCAUACAACAGGAGCAUCUAUCUUCUAUGAGAAAGCCAAGAAGCAUUUAGCAGAUAUGCUAAAGAACACUAGUCAAUCUGCCAGCUAUCCGACAGCCCAAGUAUCAAAAUCUUUGGAAGGAAUGCUUUCUCAACCUCAUUACAACGUGUCACCUCCUAGGAGUGACCAUAGGGGAAAAUGCCACAAUGCCUUCUCACCUGAAGAGCCAGAAGUUUGUCUUGUAAAAGCUGUUGAUGUAGAAGAACCAGCCCAAGAGAGAAGCCAACUGCAUGAUAACUCAGAGAGCAAUGCAUAUAGUACUAGUGUAGCAGUUGAUGAUCAGGUGGCGGUUCUAGAAGAAUGUGGCAUCAAAGAAGACACCCAAGAAGGUAUCAUAUAUGCUACUGAUGAGGUAGACACCGUGCCUGUUGAAGGAGUUGGCAAAUUGGAUUGUUCCAAAACAAUUUGCAACAUACAGUGCAUCCCAGCAGAACAAUACACAGACAGCCCCUUGCCAGAAAUAUUAGAAGGAACUGAAGGAAAAGAACCUGUUCAAAUGUUCAUGAGCUCUCCUGAGAGCAUGGUUGAAAAUUUGGAGCAACAAGAUCCAAAAACACCUGAACCAAAAUCAUCACCAAAAUUACCAGAUGGUUGUCCUGAGCAAAGCAAUGAGAAGAAAGAACAGCCAAGUCCUGUAUCGGUUCUUGAUUCAUUCGAUGAAGAUGACAGCUCUCCUGAAUGCAAAACAAUGAAAAAAUAUGAGCUGCACGAAGUUUCCUGUGGGACCCUGUACUUCCCAGAUAAUGAAUCAGGUGUAAAGGUCUUUUGGGAGGAUAAGAAUGCCAGGUUAGAUUAUAUAAUGCUGGUGCUAGAGCUCUCAGAAUUAUGUGCAGAGCAAAAUUUAGAGGUGUGGUAUCUAGAGGAUGAAUUAAUCAGCCCUUGCAUGUUCGAAGAACUACAGAAUCAAGGGGACCGAAUAGAUGAUAUGAAGAUUUUGUUUGAUUGCAUCUGUGAAGCACUAACAGAGAUCCAAGAGAGAUAUUUUAGACUCUCUUCUUGGUUAUCUUUUGUCAAACAUGACAUACGGACACCUCCGGUAGGAGAAAAACUCAUCUCAGAAGUUGACAAAUAUGUUGAUGGUUAUCUCAAGUGUAGUUUCCCAAGUACAUUGGAACAGAUAAUUAAAAGGGAUUUGGAGGUUCAGGCAUGGAUGGACAUUAGAUCAAAGACAGAAGGAAUUGUCGUGGAGAUAUGGGAGUUUGUGUUAGAUGAAUUGAUAGAUGAGGCGGUUUUUGAUUUGUGGAUUUGAAGUUCUGAUCAGAUCCCUUAUCAGUGUUGCUUUGUGACGAGUAUAGGCAGUAUGUAGAUGAACUGUAGAGGUUUUGAUUUUGAUGCUGACAAUAACCCAUUUUAUGCGGAAGAAUAACAAGGGCACUAUGUUCUGGCGGCCCAAGGAAAGUAUCAUGUGAUUGGGGAGACAUUUACUGGUCCAAAUGUCUGACUGGAGUGGACAGUUUCUUGUGAAUGACAGCUGAAGUUACAAUGCUGUGAAUAUCUGACUUGUUCAGUUUGUUUGGAUGAAAUUGGCCAGUCUGUAACAGCCAUGCCUCUAGGCACCCAGGCAUACAGCAGUCCGAAUUUUUCUCUUGUCCAUUGUGUGCAUGUUUGUGAACCUUACCCCGAUACGCUUGUCAACAAAGAGGGCUAGAUCACUUCAAUGUACAUGUUUGUAUUUGUAAGUACAUGUGUAAAAGGCUUUCUAAACAAAUCACACAAUAUACAUUUCCACUGAGGUUUUUUCUUUUCCUGAACAA